UGCCAGUGAGUAAUAUUGACUGUGUGAGUAGUGCAGUGGAGUUAUGUUUACUAUGUGAGUGUUGCUUUUGAGUAUUAUUGACUAUGUGAGUGUUGCUUUUGAGUAAUGUUAAAUGUGUUAGAAGUGUAAUGUGAGUAAUCUUGACUAUAUAAGUGGUGCUCUGUGGGUAAUUUUGACUGUGUGAGUGGUGCAGUGGAGUAAUGUUGACUUUGUGAGUGCUUUUGAGUAAUGUUGACUAUGUGGGUGGUACUGUGGAGUAAUGUUGAAUGUGUGGGUAGUGUUAUGUGAGUAAUGUUGACAAUGUGAGGGGUGCUAUGGAGCAAUGUUGACUAUGUGAGUGGUGCUAUGGAGUAAUGUUGACUAUGCGAGUGUUGCUUUUUAGUAUUGUUUCUAUGUGAGUGGUACUGUGAAGUAAUAUUGAAAGUGUGAGUAGUGUUAUGUGAGUAAUGUUGACUAUGUUAGUGGUGAUCCGUGAGUAAUGUUGCCUUUGUGAGUGGUGCAGAGGAGUGAUGUUGACUAUGUGAGUGUUUCUGUGGAAUAAUGUUGAAUAUGUAGGUGGUGCUUUUGAGUAAUGUUGAAUGUUUGAGUGUUGUUAUGUGAGUAAUGUUGACUAUGUGAGUGGUUCUUUUUAAGUGAGUGAUGUAGUGGAGUAAUGUUGACUAUUUGAGUGGUGCUGUGGAGUAAUGUUGACUAUGUGAGUGUUGUUAUGUGAGUAAUGUUGACUAUGUGAGUACCGUUAUGUGAGUAAUGUUGACUAUAUAAGUGGUGCAGUGAAACAAUGUUAACUACUAGUAUGUUAUUGAUGUUGUGGAUUAAUGUUGACUACGUGAGUGGUGCUAUGGAGUUAUGUUGACUAUGUGAGUGGUGCUGUGGAGUAAUUGUAAUCUUGUGCCUAAACGUUUUAUACCAGUCCUUGCCGGAGGGGUUACAAUAUAGACAACAUUACACAAACAAUGAAAAAUACCGGAAAUAGCAUUAUAAUACUAAAUACAAUCAAAAUUUAAAUAUUGCCAAUAGCUUGUUAAAAGGAUUCACGCCAAUUCAACCUGUUUCCUUUAAGAAAAAAAAUCUUGCGUAUAGCUGAAAUAAUGGUAAAAAACAAAAUCAAAAUCAUUAUUAGCAUUCGUUGUUUUUCACAGAUUAUAUCAUGCACAUGCUCUAGGUCUUAAGCCUUCAUGUAUUAUACUGUGACGUCUACUUUAAUGCCGCAUCAGACGAAAUCAUUUUUUUGAAAAUCGAUGUUUCAUCACAUUAUAAACCAUCUUUUAAAUAUAGAAAGCGGAAUUGGAUGCAUAAAACAGUAAAAAAAACAAAAAAACAAAAAAACGUGAUCACGUGAAACGAGAUUUGACGUCGUGAUUUCCACAUGACGCUGACGUCGUUUCUACGCGACAUUGUCAUUUACGCCACAGCAAUAGCAAAGCGAAUUUAUUCACUUAGCAGUUUUCAGCGAUAUUUAACGAUUAUCGACAGUUAUGGAGGAAGUUUUUAUACCGAAAAUAUCUAUGCUGACCCAAGAUGGAGGAAUAUUUUCCAGUCUUAACAGUUUAUCUGUAUUUACCGGAUACGUUCCCAUUACAGUUCCGAUUUUCCAGGCAGUGAAAGUUAAGCAAGAAAACAGACUAACCACUUUCCUGCGAACAUUGAGAAACUCUGUUCUGAAAUAUUCUAGACAAGAUUAUGAUAUCAUUAGUACUGAUGAAGAUUUUGAUACACUGUUUUCCUCUGAGACACACCUAGUUUUAAAAGAACGCAAAAGAACGCUGGUACACUUCAUUAAGAAACAUGAAACAGCCCUGCUUGCAUUGAGAGAAGCUAGAAUGAAUUGUUGGAAGUCAAAGGCAAAACUGCAAAAGUAUGAGUUGAUUUUAGAGACACGGAGAUCUUCGUUACGUUACAACCAGAACGAGGCUAAAGUAAGAGAGGCAGCAAUUGAGGAUAUGGAAUUGGUACAUAAUAAAUGGAUGGUCAAGCACGAGAAAGACCAUAUUGCUUUUGAGAAAAAGUUCUUAGCUGAGAUAAGUUUGCGAGAGAAAAUUCAAAAGAUGUCAAACGACCUUGAACUUGAUGUAGUUGAGAUGCUUACUGAUACAAUCAGAACUUUGAUGAACAAAAACAGACAAAAUCUGAGUGAUACAGAAGUAAACAAACUUGCCACACAAGUAUACAAACAAACAUGCCGUACAUACAAGUUUAGACAUGCAUCGAACAUACCAUGUGAGAAAGAAUGGAUUGAGAAGCCUGAAUAUGUUAACACCAGAAUUAACAAACAAGAUAUUAAGCCAAAGAUCAAGACACCAAGUUUGGAAAUGGACUGAAAAGCUCCUUCGUUUUUUCCCAUUUGACAUCAUUGUUUUUCAUUUCAAAUGGGUUUUUAUUUGUUAUUUUUCCCAUUUCAUAUGGGGUUUUUAUUUGUUAUUUUUUCCCCAUUUGAAAUGGGUAUUUUUUACGAAUCAAAGAAGAAAAU